GUCGAAAUGUUUCCUUCUGACUGGUGUAUUCAAAUUUAAGUUAACCUAUAAAUUGUGUGCGGACAAGUGGAAGAAUGUUUCCAGUCGACUGAAAUCUUGGCACGAUGGCCAUCAAAAUCUCCCUGGUAAUCUUCUCUUUCUUCUCCAUAGGCUAUGGACGGCUUAAUCCUUCAAUCAUUAAUAUUGCAAAUGGUGGUCCUUGGGGUGAGUGGGGGCCACUUCAAGAGUGCAACCAAGGCCAUGUGGCCAAAAAAUUCUCUAUUAAGAUUCGAGAAAGCGAAAUAGACAAAACAGGUCUCAAUGGGAUCCGUCUGUACUGCUCAGACUACAAUAACACCAGGGAGGUGUCUACAAUAAAAUCUUCAGAGUCACGGAAUGGCGACUGGUCCCUCCCUUAUUCUUGUGAAAGUGGGUACUUCAAUUCCUUCUCAUUAAGAGUGGAAUCAUACCAGGGAAAACUAUAUGAUGACAAAGCCGCUACCAACAUCAAGUUUAGGUGCUCGGGCAAAGGUGAAGUUGAAGGACCUGGAUUUACGUGGGGGAGUUAUGGACCUUGGAGCCAGACUUGCCAGUAUGGGAUCUGUGGUAUUAUGACCAAGAUAGAACGGUUAUUUUCCUUCUUUUCCCUUGAUCACACGGGCCUUAAUGAUGUUCAGUUCCAUUGUUGUCCCAGGUGGGGCCAGUAGCAAAAGAAGACUAACUUGCAUUUGUUGAACAAGAACUCACCAGCUAGACAUAGAAUAUUCUGCAAAUUAAAUAUCCAAAUAAACAUUUAUGUUAUUAACAUUUUGUGAUAUUCUAUACUGUAUGACUACUUUGCUCUUCUCAAUGGAUACAAGUAAAUAAAGAUGCUUUGCUAA